CACAGAUAUAUAUUAUAUUUUAGUUUUUCUUUUUACACUUCAACUGCAACUACAACCAUUCAUCAGGAGUCACCACAUACUUGACAUUCAUUCAUUGAGCAAAUAUGGUCUCAGAGAGUCUUGACAUCCAAGUCCUUGUCCGGGCUCUUUACGACUAUGACUCGGAAGACACAACAAACUUGACUUUCAAAAAGGACGAUGUGAUUCAGGUCUUGGCUCAAUUGGAGUCGGGCUGGUGGGCUGGUUACUGUCAGGGACGUCAGGGCUGGUUCCCUUCUAACUAUGUUGAAAUCUUGAAUGAAGACGACCUCGAUAGUCAGGACGAAGACGAAGAAGAUUAUGUUGAAGAGGACGACCUUGAUAGUGCCGAUGACUUAUGGCUACCGCAGACAACGCCUGAUGGUCAAGUCUUUUAUUACAAUCAACGGACGCAAGAGUCAAGCUGGACUAUUCCAGAACCAGAGGAUCAAACUAACACGGAGGCUACAGCUACCAGCGAGAAAGAUAGCUCAGCCAAAGCUGGAUGGUCCGCGCGCGCAUCAGCAUCAAACGGGAAUGGCUGGUAUAAUUCUGAGGCAGAAGAAGAGGAACAGGAGGCGACGCAGGAUGCACAGGAAGGCCAAGAAGGCCAGGAAGGCCAGGAAGAGGACGGUCUGUCAGUGUCUUCUAGUAAUCACCAUAAUGCACAUUCUAAUAAGGAUGAAGCUGAUCCAGCACAAACGUUAGCAGCUGUCAGGAAACCGUCAGGAUUAGCCCCAGCACCCCAGGAAUCAGUUGAAGGUUUACCCCCAUUGCCAUUACUGCCCAAUCCCUUUGAUCCCGAACCUACUUGGAAUUCCCUUUCAGAACACACUGCGGCUGCUGUCCAAAACCUGAUUUCGUCUGCUGAAAACGGUUAUAAACCUUAUUAUCUUAUACAAUCAUCGAUUGUCGUUGAGGCUAUCCGUGUCAUGCUCUAUGCUUCAGGCACGGUUGACAAAGAUGCAGCAGUGAUGCGUCAGCACAGGAGCCUCAAAAUGCAUCAUCGUCAGAUCAUGGCGGCUCUUUCGAAACUAGUUCUGUCUGCAAAGAUGGCAUCUGGCGUUUGGCCUGCGUCUGAUGCUGUCGCCAAAUUGUUAACAGACGCACGUGAAGUAGGUACUGCAGCUCAGAAUUAUGUUGCAACAGCUGUAGCAGCCAAUAUCACUGUUCAUCAGGUGGAUGCUCGUCUCAUUACAAACGUCAGGAGCCCUCAUAAGGAUCAGACAGAUGGCCGCUCGCUUGAAAGAGGACUCUCGAACGGAUCUCAAAAGAUCGAACAUGGGCUUGGUGAUCGCAAAGUUUUUGGAUCACAGAUGAGUACUCAGAGUAUUCUUAGUCAACUGGAUUAUUAUUCCAAAAGCGCCUCAAAGGCUGUUUCAGUCCUGGCGAUGCAGAUCGAGAAGCUCAUUGAUAAUCCAAUGCCAGCCAUGCGAAACAAUGGUAUGAAUGGUAUCUCAUCAUCUAAUCCUGUCAUGAACUCAUCCCAGUCAGCCCAACUGGUAUCACAGGCAAGACAAACUGUCUCCCAAUUGGGUUCACUCCUCACCUUGGUUACAGACUUUAGUGCUACCACCCUGGCAGAGCAACCUGGCAUUCCAGAGCGAUAUUUUUUGGAUGUCAAAAAUGCGAAACAGGCCUUGCAUGGAAGCACCGCUUCGUUAGUUAUGGCUAUCCAGUCAGCGACUGACCUCUUGGCCGUCGGACAAACCUUGGAUCUGGCCUUAAGCACGGCUGUCUCCACUGAACAGGCCGCACAAAGUCUUGCACAAGCUGCACGUGUGUUGAGCCAAGAAAAGGAGAUGGCCGAAGCAAGUGCUCCAUACAUGCGCACUUCUAACGACCCUUAUAGCGCUGUACGGAUGCCAUCUGCGGCUCCACCAGCCGAUGGCUCCUAUAACUAUGAUCAUGAUUCUGACAUCGAACCUGAUAGAGGCGCUGCGCGUGGGCAGGCAGAUCCGUCUGCUCAACGUAACCGAGUUGCUUCGCAACCUUCCGUUAUCUCUAAUACAUCUGGACAGCAAACUUUGGUUGGAACGGAUUAUUCAUCGAAAACUGCAUCGAACGGUUAUCCCUUCUCCACAACAGAUCCAGAAGGCGGUGAUUCAACCUACGCUAACAGCAGUGUCCCUGGCCGGUAUGAGAGUCGUGAUAAAGUGAAAAAAGUCCUAGGAGACGGCGCACCAACACGACCUUCUGCUCAGGCUUGGUACUUGAAUUAUGAUUACAAGAGGGACGAUCUCAUUUUGAACGCAGAGGGACAGGUCAAAGGAGGAACCCUGCCUGCGCUGAUUGAACGCUUGACGCUACAUGAUGGGCUUGAUCCCAAUUUUAUUGCUACAUUCUUGUUAUCAUAUCGCUCUUUCACCACUACCAAGGACCUAUUUUCGCACCUCUUCCAGCGCUUUACAAUUCAUCCUCCACCCGAAUUGGAUUCUGAAGAGCUUGAGAUUUGGACUGAAAAGAAGCUAACACCUAUCCGUCUACGAGUUUUUAACAUCAUCAAAUCAUGGCUCGAAAAUUAUUAUUUGGAGGAUGAAGUUGAUGACAAAGAGGCUUUAGGGAUGAUUAAAGAGUUUUCAGGGUCGACAGCAAUGAAGGAUACAAUGAGCUUUGCGGCUGUUCAGCUCAUUAAGUUGGUUGAAAAGCGAGAGCAGUCCGAAGGAACUUUCCGCAAGAUGGUACUCAAUUUGACGACACAAGCGCCACAGCCUAUCACGCCGCGCAACCUCAAAAAGAUCAAGUUCUUGGAAUUGGACCCACUAGAGUUUGCUCGUCAAUUGACUAUUAUGGAAGCAGCGGUUUAUAACAAGAUUCGUCCGGUUGAAUGUUUGGCCAAAGCAUGGACUAGCGAGGAUCCUGAAGUGGCGGCCAAAGCUGUAAACAUCAAAAAGAUAAUUGAAACCAGCAACUUGUUUUCCAAUUGGGUCAACGAAUUGGUCCUUAGUGAAAAGGAAAUUAAGAAGCGUGUCUUGGUGAUCCGUCAUUUGGUUUUGAUUGCUGAAAGAUUGCGCCAACUCAAUAAUUUCAGCAUGCUAUCAGCAACAAUGGCUGCACUGGCGCUUUCGCCCAUCCACCGUUUGAAACGAACUUGGGAACAAGUGCCUGCAAGGACGAUGACAUCUUUCCAAGAAUUGCAAAAUUUGAUGAGCGUGGCUAAAAAUUGGGCUGAUUACCGUGAGGAAUUGCACUCAGUCAACCCACCUUGUGUGCCAUUUGUGGGCAUGUACUUGACAGAUCUGGUUAUGAUUCAAGAUGGUAACCAAGACUAUUUAAAGAAAUCAAAUCAUCUCAUCAAUUUUUACAAGCGUGUCAAGACUGCAGAAGUAAUUCGUGAGAUUCAGCAAUAUCAAUCCGUGCCUUAUUGCCUCACGCCUGUGCCAGAGAUUCAGGCAUUCAUUCGUCGUGGCAUGGAUGGCACAAAGUCUGUGGCGGAUCUCUAUGAUAUGAGUCUUGCACUGGAGCCUCGAGAACGUGGAGACGAGAAGAUUGCACGCAUGUUGACAGAAUCAGGAAUGCUGUAGAAUAUUAAACGUUAAUAAAAGUUCUGAAAUGGCGCAGUCGGCG